AUGAACUCCAUAUCUGUUUUUCGCUCAGUUUGCUUAAACAAUUUUAGAUCGUUACAAAUAUCUGGUAGUGAUAUUGCACUGGCAGAAACAAAGCCAAGUAGCGGUGAUUAUAAAGGCCAAUGGAACACAAAGGGUUUUGGCAUUAACAAAUCGAAUACAAGAGAGGAUCUCUUAAUUAACAUUCAGGGAGUCGGCUGUUAUCUGCAAAAGAAAUUACAAGCGAAAUUUUACGAGAAAAAUGACAGACAUGCCGAUGGCGGCGAUCGAAUUGAGACAAUAAGAUGGAAAUGUAAGAUGGACUUAGCCGGAGAGAUAUCCGUCCUAGACGAAAUACUGAAAUGA